AUGUACGACCGUCAAAAAAUCGGUAAUUGCUACCAAGUGACAUUUCCAACUGUCGAAUUGGCAAUGCCACGACAUCGUCAUCGCCAUCGACGUCAUCGCUCCAGAAGAACCACGUCUUCGGGCGGUCCAGCUGAAGAGUACGUCACUGUGACAAAGCACGUGGAUCGUCGUAGAGUUUAUGGAGAAUCGGAUUGUCAGGACUCAAUCUCGGAACCUUCGUCCUACACCUAUUCCACCAAUCCGGACCGUUCCUCAUCUCUCCACUCAAUUCCACGUUCUACAGUAUCCCAUGGGUCGGGCGGUCCUUCGACAGACGGUACCUACCGUACCUUCAACUCUACGCAUCGCCUUCAAUCGUUGGGAAACUUCUUUACCGGAAUUAUCGAUUUCUUCCGCAGUAAUCCGAAAUUCUCGAAAAUCCUCUUUGGAAUGAUUCUGUGCUAUGUGGCCGUUUGUAAUCUGGAAAUUCUGAUUCCACGUGUCAUUGCACUUUUCGUACGCCUUUGCUAUCCGUGGGCUCGCUACUCGGCUGUGAUUUGUGAGCAGUUCUUCUCGACCAUCGCCAACAUGUUCACUAGAAUGGAUGCUGUGAUUUUUGCCUCCUACUGUGAAUUCGCCGCCAAAUAUUGUCGUUCUCGCCGUCUGAUGUGUGACGUCACCUGCUCGUUCGUGGACCAUGUCUUGUCUCAAGCCCGUCCCACGCUUCAACCAAUUCCACAAAAUUAG